UUAAAACGCUCCAAAUAGAGCGGCUUUUGUUUAAAAUUUGUUUUGUUUUUUCUUUUUUUAAAUUGUUUUGUAUUUGAAAUUUAUAUUGAAAUCAUUUUAAGAACUCAAGCCACAUCAUGUGUGACACCCCCAAAAAAUCUGCCCGAAAACAAGGGAUGUCGUCGGAUACGUACAAGACGCCAAGUAAAAAACAAUUGCGACACAAACGCCUCGAAUCAAUCGAGAACCUGAGCACCAACACCGAAGAGGAAACCGAUCAGGAUCAACAACCAGCCACACCAACCACAAGAAAAUCUGCAAGAAAAAUAAGUCCAUCGAAGCGCUACAACGAAAAAGAAUUCGCCUUAGACACGCCGGGAGGAGAGAAGCGCAAGCAAAAUCUGAAUCGGGAGGUCGUCGAGAAGAACCGAUCGUAUGUUUUCAGUGAUUCGGAUGACGACGAAGAUGAUGCGAUGCCAAGUCAAACCAAUUACCAAGCCGAAAAGGAGACCCAAUUCUUCGAGGAUGAUUUGGAUGUUGAGGGCAAGCGAAUUUAUGGUUUCAAUACUCCAAAGAAGCGCGAUGGCAUGGCUCUGGCCGCAGCAGCUACUCCCAAGACGCCCAAGACACCAAAAACCCCCAGAACAGCCACCAAAACCCCAGAUAAGAAGAUCAAAUCAACCCUGGAAGCCAAAACACCAAGACAUGUUAGAAAUAAAGUCAAAACCCAAAUCGCCAAACUUCUCGAAGACAGCUCCAAUUCGGACUUCUCUGGGGAAGACAGUGACUUUCAGCCAUCGGCAGACAGCUCGUCGUCUUCGUCCUCCGCCGAAAUGGACGACGACGAAAGUCAACCUCAAGACGACGAGGAAGAGGAUGACGAACCGAAGAAAGGUCGUCGUCCCAUCAUCGUCCCAGUCCUCCCAAAAACACCUUCAGUCUCUCGAGUACGCCGGACGGCAGCUCGCAAGGCAAACGCCGACUACGUGCCCGAAAGCGAUGGCUACUUCACGACCCAUUCCAGCAACAAAAUCCACACAUCCGAUCACACAUUGGAUCGCCUGAAGAAUCCCCGUCUCCCGGCUGAUAAACUCUUCAGCCUCCUGGCCAGCAUGACCAUUUCCAAGGAGCACGAGAAAGCAAUAUCUGGCAUCAUGGACGAGUACAAGACGUACUUCUCCAAAUGGAUGUACAUUUUAAAUGAGGGCUUCAACAUUCUGCUCUAUGGCCUGGGGUCCAAAAGGAAUCUCUUGCAGCGUUUCCAUCGAGAAGUUCUGCCCAACCAAACGGUUCUGGUUGUCAAUGGGUUCUUUCCCAGUCUCACAAUCAAAGACAUCCUUGAAAGCAUCACCAACGAGAUUCUGGAUGUGGGUACAAGUCCUGCCAACCCACACGAGGCGGUCGACAUAAUCGAAGAGGAAUUCAGCCUCAUACCGGAGACGCAUUUGUACCUGAUUGUUCACAAUAUCGAUGGAACCAUGUUGAGGAAUUCCAAAGCCCAGGAGAUACUCUCCCGUUUGGCUACGGUGCCGAAUAUUCAUCUCUUGGCUUCAAUUGAUCACAUCAACACACCUCUAUUAUGGAAUCAUACAAAGCUGAGUAACUACAACUUCUCGUGGUGGGACGUGACCACAAUGCUGCCCUACACCGACGAAACUGCCUUCGAGAACUCCUUGCUCGUUCAGAAUUCCGGCGAACUGGCUUUGUCUUCCAUGCGCAGUGUGUUCUCAUCGUUGACACAGAAUGCCCGAGGAAUCUACAUGAUCGUCGUCAAGUAUCAACUUAAGAAUAAAUCUAAUCCCAAUUAUCAAGGAAUGCCUUUUAAGGAUCUCUAUUGGAGUUGCAGAGAGGCGUUUUUGGUUAGUUCAGAUCUUGCCUUGAGGGCGCAAUUAACUGAAUUUUUAGAUCACAAAUUGGUAAAGAGCAAACGGACACUAGAUGGCUCUGAACAAUUGCAAAUUCCAAUUGAUUCAGGACUGCUUCAACAAUUUCUCGGUGAGCAACAAAAGUAGAAUAAUAUAAAUAUGGAGUUUUUUUUAAAUUUUGAAUUG